UCUCUCUCUGAUUUUGACUAUACUACCAAAUAGGCCAUGGCGAGCUACCUGUGUAUAAAGCAUCAAGAUUUCUGAGCCCAGCUCCGGCGAUCAAUUUAAGCCGUGGAAAAGUUGGGAGCUUUGUUAGGGUUAGAGCUAGGGUUUCGACGAUGGCGAGUGGAGAAGGAGCAGUUCGGUUUCCUUUGUCUGAUUCAAGCACUCUCGUGAUACAAAUGGGGGAUAUCACCAAGUGGUUCGUCGACGGCUCCACUGACGCCAUUGUUAAUCCAGCGAAUGAGCGAAUGCUUGGAGGUGGUGGUGCAGAUGGAGCUAUACAUAGGGCUGCUGGCCCGGAUCUUCUACAGGCAUGCUAUGGUGUUCCGGAAGUCAGGCCAGGAGUCCGCUGCCCCACUGGAGAAGCGAGAAUUACCCCAGGGUUUAAGUUGCCUGCGUCUCAUGUAAUUCACACUGUUGGACCUGUCUACCAUGCUGGUAACAGCCCUGAAGUCUAUCUGAGCUCUGCAUACAGGAAUAGCUUGAGCAUAGCCAAAGCGCACAACAUUCAGUAUGUUGCAUUUCCUGCCAUAUCUUGUGGUGUGUAUGGAUAUCCUUAUGAUGAAGCUGCCGAAGUGUCCCUAUCCACAAUUAAAGAAUCCGUGAAUGACAUAAAGGAGGUGCACUUUGUUCUUUUCUCGGAAGAUAUUUACAAUGUCUGGUUGGACAAGGCAAAGAAAUUGCUUAAAGCCUAAUAUGUAUAAGGAGCAAGGAACAGGGAGCUUGCAGAUGUAUAAGUCGUUCUGUCAUUUUGCAAUGUAAAACUUUAAUGUAUUGGAUCUGGUGUGGUGACUUCUCAUGUGUAAAACUGUGUGGAAAAAUUAAGCAUAUAUUAGUUACCAGUAGAAUUGCCAUUAUCUUGGAGAA